GCUCACACGCUACAAAGCACCGAUGGAAGAAGCCCGGGGCUUCCUCACUCGCAUGGGCGAUCAGCUGACUGAACAGCACUCUUCAGUUCAUCCGGUUCGAUUCCCAAAAGAUCUCUUCAAGCAAAUAAAAAACUCUGAGGUGGAGUCAAAGCUGGUUUUCAUCAGAGACAGUCUGCAGCUUAUUUUCUGUCUGUAUCGCCAUGACAACCUGUCAGCCGCUCCCUGGGGCGCCGACAAGACGGAGGGCUUCCUGACGGUCAUCCACAGACAGAUCACGGAACUGAGCGCGUGUGUUUCCACCAACAGUCCAGCCAACAGCAGACUGAGGAGCUACUACAGGACUCUGGCCAACAGUACUCUGUCUUGCUCUGGCUGCAGUACUGCGUCAUGGCAGCUGCUCAGGAACCAAACCGAACUGCGCCUGGAACAGCUGGAGCUGCUCGUGGCCUCCAUCUGCUGCCAGCAGGAGGCGCUCUGCAGCAACGCAACAGCAACGCAACACUGACACAAUAUCCAAAGACUGUGUCUGAUGUUCCCCUCUCUAUUUAUUUAUUUAUGUA